AUAACUCCUGCCCUCUCUUCUGGCUGAAUCCUCACAGUGCCGGGAUUUUCUCCAGUUAACCUUGUACCUGUGCUGGAUUGGUCAAGAUGCAUCACUUCACCUGGACAGUCUUGGUGCUGUCAGUCACUCUGUCUGUGAGCUCUGGAGGUAAAGUGCUGGUGUUCCCGUUAGAUGGCAGCCACUGGGUGAACAUGAAGGUCAUCGUUGAGGAGCUGCACUCCCGAGGCCACAGCAUUACUGUAGUGCGUGCCUCUGACAGCUGGUACAUUAAAGAAGAGUCUCCCCAUUACAAGGCCAUCACCAUUCCCACCCCUGGAGGCUUUGAUGAGAAGUUCUUUGGCUCCUUUGUGAUGAGACAGCUGAACAUACGGAAAGAAGGAAAGUUCUUCUGGACUCGCUUGAUGCUCGAGUUGGAAGUAGCGGAGAAGUUCACCGAGCUGCACCGGCAAAUGUGUGAGAUGAUGGCGAUGAUGUUUCAAGACGAGGCUCUCAUGAAAUCACUCACUGAUUCCAAGUUUGAUGUUGUCCUGACUGAUCCAGGCGUAGGAGGUGGAGUGUUUUUGGCUCGACGUCUUGGUCUUCCAUUGGUGUUUAAUGUGAGGUGGACAGUGCAUGGAGAGGGACACUUUGCCAUCGCUCCCACCCCUCUUUCGUAUGUCCCUAUACCAGGAGCUGAGUUGACAGACAAGAUGACUUUCUCUCAGAGACUUCAGAACAUGCUGACAUACGCCUUUAAUUUAUAUCAAAUUUCAACAGUUGUUGCUCCUCACUACAACACUUUUUGCAAACGGUUCAUUGGGCCUGACGUCGACUACUUCUCCUUGUUCCAGGAUGCUGAUAUCUGGCUCAUGAGGAAUGACUUCACCUUUGAGUUCCCACGCCCAACCAUGCCCAAUGUGAUCUACAUGAGUGGGUUCCAAUGCAAGCCAGCUAGACCACUUCCUGUUGACCUGGAAGAGUUUGUCAAUAGCUCUGGGGAGCAUGGGGUCAUUAUUAUGACCCUGGGUACUCUUUUAGCUGAGCUCCCCAGUGAUAUUGCGGAGGAGAUUGCGGCAGCUUUUGCUCAGCUUCCCCAAAAGGUCAUCUGGAGAUAUACAGGGGCCAAGCCCUCGACUCUUGGCAACAACACCUUACUAGUGGACUGGCUGCCCCAAAAUGACCUGCUGGGACACGCAAAGACUAAAGUGUUUGUAGCCCAUGGGGGUACCAACGGUGUCCAAGAAGCAAUCUACCAUGGUGUCCCAAUACUUGGCCUGCCCCUAGUGUUUGAUCAGCCUGACAACCUGUCCAGAAUGGUAGCAAGAGGUACGUCUAAGGUAGUGGACAUUGCCACUCUAGACAGAGCAGUGUUUGUGGAGGCGCUAAAGGAAGUGCUCUAUGAGCCGUCCUACAGGGAGAACAUGCAGAGGCUCUCCAGGAUCCACCAUGACCAGCCCAUGAAGCCUCUGGACCGUGCCAUUUUCUGGAUCGAGUUUGUGAUGAGGAACGGAGGCGCCCCUCACCUGCGCACUCAGUCCUUCAGGAUGUCCUGGAUCGCCUAUCAUUCUAUAGACGUCAUUCUCACUCUGCUCAUGGCUCUACUGCUCUUACUACUGAUUAUGUUCCUGGCAAUCAAAAAAUGCUGUUCACUUUUAUUCAGAAAGAAAAUCAAAAGUGAGUAACACUUUCUAUUCUGGCAAUGACAUAAUCUGAGUACCCAGAAGUGCGAAAUGGCUGCCGAUACAAACGUAAUUGAAGCAUGUUUUGAGUCGAUUUUUGAAGAAAUUGAAAUUCGUAACAACAGUUGCUUUAAACCUCUGCAGAAGUUAUGUCUCAUUUGCCUAAGCAAAGGCUAACCAGAGAUGCUUACAAAGGCAAACUAAACGCCAUCGUUUUGGUUAGUUCGCUGUCAGCGGUAUUUUCAUGAAACCCCCAGUACAUAUGCAUACUCACCUUUCCGUGAUUGGUUAUCGAAAAAAGCUUUGUUCGAAAUCAGAGACAUUCCCUCUGCCCUAUUUUCCCCUGAAUCCAGGCAUAUUCCUCUAGACUAGCAAUGACACUUUAUACUUGGGAAACACAAAAUUACUGUAAGUAACUGUAUAAGUUUGGCAAGCUAAUGGAAAAUUAUUUGUAAAUAAUUGGCAGGUAUUACAAAACCGUGUCAUUAAAAAUCACUUGCAUGACACAAUAUCAUGUAUGCAGUAAAUAUUUCUUGUCUUAACCCCACAAUUGGUAACACUGAAUAUUGUGUCGUCUACAUAUAUUUUGAUUGAUUGAUGAUAUACUUGAAUGCUGUACUUAAAUAUGUUACUUGUACUUAAAUAUGCUCUACUUAAAUACUUGUUUUACUCCACCACAUUUGACAUACAAGCAUAAAGUACAUGUUAUCUUGUUUUGUAUAGUUAUAUAGUCAGUGAAAAUGGCAGCAGUGAAAUGACUAUAUCACUAUAUUCACUGUAAUUCUAAACAUGGGGUAUUAACUGAACAUACACUACACCACACUUAAACUCACUGAGCUCUUCAGAACAACCCAUUCUGAUUUUCACAAAGGUUUGUGAAUGCAAACUGUGUGACUAUGUGCUUGAUUUCAUACACCUGUGGUAAUGGAUCUAGAGAGAAUUCUGUAAGGGAAGCUGAAUGGAUUCAUGAACUGGGCUGUCUCGCACCAAUGAUCUUAUCACAGAGUUUGACUUGAUGUGAUUGAUAUGAGAUGCAUUGUAUGCCUUUGACUUCUAGCCUUUAUGCUAUGAUGCCAAAUGUGAUAUUGAUAAAAAUGUGUUUUUCUAUGUUGGAGUAAUGUCUAGCCUACUAAGAUGACACAUUGUUAAAAUUAUACUGUAAGAUUAUAUGAAAUAUAGAAUUCACCUUUCUCUCCUCUCACAUUACUUACUGUAAACUUGUUUGUUAAUUAAAGCAACAACGUGCAGCGA